UCGACAUCAUCUCCUUCAAUAUCCAUCAAUGGCGAGCAAGAUUUUGAUCAUCGGUGGGACCGGAUACAUCGGCAAGUUCAUCGUCGGUGCGAGCGCAAGGCUCGGUCACCCCACCUCCGCCUUGGUCAGGGAUACCACCCCGUCUGACCCUGCCAAGGCGAAGCUUCUGGCAGGAUUUACGAGCUCUGGCGUCAAACUUGUGAAGGGGGACUUGAAUGACCAUGAGAGCUUGGUGAAAGCUAUCAAGCAAGUGGAUGUUGUGAUAUCGACCGUUGGAGGCGAGAAGCUGGCUGAUCAGACAAAGAUCGUUGCUGCAAUUAAAGAAGCUGGAAAUGUUAAGAGGUUUUUACCCUCUGAAUUCGGGGUCGACGUGGAUCGGGCACACACUGUGGAGCCAGCAAAAUCCAUGUUGGCGGCCAAAAUCCACAUCCGAAGAGCUAUUGAGGCUGAGGGAAUACCUUAUACCUUUGUAUGCUCAAACUACUUUGCAGGAUAUUCAAUUCCAACUCUUGCUCAAUCAGAUUCAUUUGCUCCUCCUCCUAAAGACAAACUCACCAUCUUUGGUGAUGGCAAUGUCAAAGCAAUUUUUGUGAAUGAAGAUGACAUUGGAACAUACACCAUUAAAGCUGUGGAUGAUCCAAGAACACUAAACAAGAUUUUGCACGUAAGGCCUGAGAGUAACAUCUACACUCACAAUGAGCUUAUAACUUUGUACGAGCAGAAGAGUGGAAAAACCUUUGAACGAAUUUACCUCACAGAGGAGGAGGUCUUAAAGAAGAUAAAAGAGGCUCCGUUUCCGGUUAAUCUUAUGAUGGGGAUAAAUUACUCAAUUCUUCUUAAGGGAGAUACUGCAAAUUUUGAGAUUGAUCCUUCUUUUGGUGUUGAAGCCACUAAGCUUUAUCCUGAUGUUAAGUACACUACAGUAGAGGAAUAUGUUAGUCGUCUUGUUUGAAGAACUCUAAUGUUUUUUCAGAAUAACGUGUUAGUGAGAGAGUUUAAUUUGUGGUGAUUUGU